UUUGGAUUUUCCCAUAGAAUUCCCCCUCGUUAAGCUUUGCUCAUUAUAUUAAUCACUGCACGACAGUAGUCAGAAGGUAUCUAACCCUGAUACAGACUCCAUAUGGGUUUUAGAGGCUGGCUAUUUUAUUCUUACUGUCAAAAAAAAAAGAAAGUUGCAUAAUAGAUUUUUCUGUCCUACCUUAGGAAUAAACUUGUAACACUGUUGCAAUCAUUAAUUUUAUAUUCAAUAAUAGUCGCGAUACCUCAAUUUUAUCCCUACGUAUCCCAUUUGGAAGUACUUAACUAGUUAUUACCACUUCUUUGAAAUGAGUGGAUUGACGUGGGAAAAAAAGCAUCACCUGAUCACCAGGAAUUUAUCCGAAUGGUUGGGUGAUGAGAAGCUAAAAACAAUCUUAAAGCAAAGAGACCUUAAGGUAUACUGGGGCACUGCAACUACCGGCAGACCACAUGUUGGAUAUUUUACACCCAUGUCAAAGAUUGCUGACUUUCUACGUGCUGGAGUUGAAGUUACAAUAUUAUUUGCCGAUCUGCAUGCUUAUCUCGACAACAUGAAAGCUCCUUGGGAUCUCCUAGCUUUGAGAGUUCAGUAUUACGAAGCUGUGAUCAAAGCCAUGCUGAAAUCCAUCGGGGUUCCACUCGACAAGCUAAAGUUCGUCAAGGGAUCUGAUUAUCAAUUAUCUAAAGAGUACACCUUGGAUGUAUAUCGAUUAAGCUCUCUGGUAACUGAGCAUGAUGCAAAGAAAGCUGGAGCUGAAGUUGUAAAGCAAGUUGCAAAUGCAUUGCUUUCUGGUUUGCUCUAUCCUGGUUUGCAGGCAUUAGAUGAAGAGUACCUUAAGGUUGAUGCACAAUUUGGAGGUGUAGAUCAACGCAAGAUUUUUACUUUCUCUGAGAAAUAUCUUCCCAUGCUCGGCUAUGAAAAACGCGUACAUCUGAUGAAUCCUAUGAUUCCAGGAUUGACUGGAGCUAAAAUGUCAUCAUCCGAGGAAGAUACAAAGAUUGACCUCCUAGAUAGUGCUGCAGCUGUAAAAAAGAAGCUCAAGAAAGCAUUUUGUGAGCCUGGUAAUAUUACUGAGAAUGGAAUCCUUGCAUUUUCAAAGCAUGUUGUAUUUCCACUGAUGAAAGGUGGUGAAAAAUAUGUUGUUAAACGUAGUGAAGAAUUUGGAGGUGAUAUUGAAUUUGACAAAUAUGAAGAUCUCGAAACAGCAUUUGCUGAACAAGUGAUUCAUCCUGGUGAUUUGAAGGGCGCAGUUGAAAUUUAUGUCAAUAGGCUUUUGGACCCAAUUCGUAAAGAAUUUGAGCAAGACCCUAAGCUAAAAGGGCUCAACAGUAAAGCAUAUCCUCCCCCACAGAAAGAGAAGCAAAUCGAGGAAAUUAUACCAUCUCGGCUUGAUAUCAGAGUGGGCAAGGUUGUUGAAGUGCAAAAGCACCCUGAUGCUGAUGCUUUGUAUGUUGAGAAAAUUGAUUUGGGAGAUUCGAGUGGUCCUCGUACCAUUGUAAGCGGAUUGGCAAAUUAUGUGCCCCUCAAAGAAAUGCAGGACAGAUUGGUCGUAGUCUUGGCUAAUCUGAAGCCUGCAAAUCUUAGAGGAAUUCAGUCUCAUGGAAUGGUCUUAUGCGCUUCUGUGGAGGAGCCUACGAAAAAAGUAGAGCCCCUACAACCACCAUCUGACAGUGCUGCUGGAGAUAAAGUUCUGGUGGAGGGUUAUGAAAAUGGGUCACCUGAUGAAGUUUUAAACCCAAAGAAGAAAGUCUGGGACAAACUUCAGGCUGAUCUUGCUGUAAACGGUAGUGGAGAAGCUGCAUGGAGUGGCAAUCUGCUGUUGACAAAGAACGGGGGCAAGAUUACGUCUAGUACCUUGAAAAAUGUCCCCAUCAAAUAACGUAUUCAGAUGUAGCUUAGAUUUUAUGACCAGCAUUCAUCAAUGAAUUACCUCAUGCGAUAA